AUGCGUUAUGCAAGUACUCGGGAUCUUAAUCCUAGAGCUGGGGAUGUAUCUUACUAUGGGAAAUUGAUUGAAAUCAUAGAGUUGAACUACUACGAUUCGUUUAGAGUUGUGUUGUUCAAGUGUAAAUGGGCCGAUACUCGUGAUGCUCGAGGAUAUAAGAAGGAUGAUCUUGGUCACACUUUGGUAAACGUUUCCCGUUUGAUACACACUGGAAAUGGUGAGGAGGUCGAACCUUAUGUGUUGGCUUCUCAGUCAAGGUUAGUUUAUUACGUUGAAGAUCCAAAUGAGAAAGGAUGGAGUGUUGUUGUACAUGUCCAACCAAGAGACUUGUAUGACAUGGGUGAUCCCACUAUUUCAUAA